UUUAAGUCUUUUAGGGACAGCUACUUGGGACGGGGUGGGAGGAGGGGGCCGAGGAAACAACCAGGCUUUUAAGUUCCAGUCUGUCCACGGGGCUGGACACGUGCUGUGCUCAGGAAAGAAAGUAAAUUCCAACCGGCAAAUUGCUCUAACUGAUUCAUUUGUCCGAACCGAGACGCCACCUACCUGCUCACAGGUAUUCAGGUAAAUGACAGGUGGGCGGGACCUAUUGACUCUUUCAGUAGCUAAGGUCCCAGCAAUGUUUUAUCUGUGAGGCUCCCUGUGAUGUCACACAUUUCCUGCUCUCAACCAACCAAUGCCUUCCUCCUUCCUUUAGGCACCUGUACGCUGAGGUUGAGCCUGGUCACUGCUCAGGCAGCCCCACGAGCUGCUGGAUUCACCCACAAGGCAUGGAAACUUUGGGGCUGCUGCUGCUUUGAGAGCCCCAGACACACACUUGAAAAGGUCUGUGGAUGGCUCCUGGAAGAUCGUGAUUUUCUCCGGAGGAAAUACUGUUGCCCUGGGCUGGUUUCCUGCCAUACUGUCUCCCGAGUUGACCAUGAGCCAGCCAGACCCUGCCUGUCCCCCUGACCCCAGCUCUGCACCCCUGUGUGUGGUGUGUGGCCAAGCCCACUCCCCUGAGGAAAACCACUUCUACACCUACGCGGAAGAUGUGGACGAUGACCUCGUGUGCCACAUCUGCCUGCAGGCUUUGCUGGACCCUCUGGACACUCCCUGUGGACACACCUAUUGCACGCUCUGCCUCACCAGCUUCCUGGUGGAGAAGGACUUCUGCCCCGUGGAUCGUAAGCCUGUGGUGCUGCAGCAUUGCAAGAAGUCCAGCAUCCUGGUCAACAAGCUUCUCAACAAGCUGCUGGUGACCUGCCCGUUCCCGGAGUACUGCACCGAGGUCCUGCAGCGCUGUGAUCUCGAGCAGCACUUUCAGACAAGCCAGGGUACACACCGGUGGCAGACCGAUGGUGUGACCGCCCCUGCUGGUGGCGAGCAGCAGGUCCACUCCACUUAUCUGCCUCUCAUUUUGUCCACUUACAUAGUCACAUUUCUGGGCAUUCCUGUGCGGAUGGCCUCAGGGCAGCCCCGGGUCUUGCUCCGCAAUGAGGUGCUCAGAACAUUUCAGCUUACCCAGGCCAGUGAAAGGCGCGUUCACCUCGUCGUGUCCCGCCAGGUUCGUCUGCAGAGUCCUGACAUCUUUCAGGAAGCCGGCUGGGACAGCAACGGGAGCCAGUCCCCGGGGCCGGGGGACAGGAGCAAUACUCCCAAGCCCCUCCAUCCUGUGGUCACUUGCCACGAGAAGGUGGUAAGUGUCCGAAAAGACCCCAGCGAAUCUCUCGGCAUGACCGUUGCAGGGGGAGCAUCACAUAGGGAAUGGGAUUUGCCUAUCUAUGUCAUCAGUGUGGAGCCCGGAGGAGUCAUAAGCAGAGAUGGAAGAAUAAAAACAGGUGACAUUUUGCUAAACGUGAACGGGAUUGAACUAACAGAGGUCAGCCGGAGUGAGGCAGUUGCAUUAUUGAAAAGCACAUCCUCCUUGGUGGUCCUGAAAGCUUUGGAAGUCAAAGAACGUGAACCCGAGGAAGCGAGCAGCAGCCCAGCAGCCCUGGACUCCAACCACAACGUAGCCCCGGCCAGAGACUGGUCCCCGUCUUGGAUCAUGUGGCUGGAAUUACCACGGUACCUGUAUAACUGUAAAGAUGUCAUAUUACGAAGAAACACAGCCGGGAGUCUGGGCUUCUGCAUUGUAGGAGGUUACGAAGAAUACAACGGGGACAAACCUUUUUUUAUUAAGUCCAUUGUUGAAGGAACACCAGCAUACAAUGAUGGAAGAAUUAGAUGCGGUGACAUUCUUCUGGCUGUCAACGGUAGAAGUACAUCAGGAAUGAUUCAUGCUUGCUUGGCAAGGAUGCUGAAGGAACUUAAAGGAAAAAUUACUCUUACUCUGGUUUCUUGGCCUGGCACUUUUUUAUAGAACCAAUGAUGGGUCGUAGGAAAACAGAAAGCCACAAAUAAGCUAAGUUGAAACAA